AUGCGCGAGGAGGUUUCCUGCGCCAACUCCCCUGAAGGGGGGCUGGGGGCCAGCGAGGAGGAGCUGGAGAGGGGCUCCAAGAAGAGUGGGCCAACGGGGGGGCGAAAACGGGUGCCGUACCCCAAGAAGGACAGUUUGGGUCGGGCCGAGGAGAGGGCCGUGGUCAGCGGGAGCCCCAACUGCCUGGUUCCGUCGGGGCCAAAGCGGCAGAAGAAGCAACAGAGCUCCCCCACGUCGGUGGUGUGCGUGGCCCCAUCCGUGCUGAGCUCCAGCGGCCUCGGCUUGGGCCCGGGCGGCGAGCCCUUCGAGGACCUGCACACGCAGCGAGUAAUCGCCAACGUUCGCGAGCGCCAGCGCACGCAGUCGCUGAACGACGCCUUCGCCUCGCUGCGUAAGAUCAUCCCCACUCUGCCGUCCGACAAACUUAGCAAGAUCCAGAUCCUGAAACUGGCGUCACGCUACAUCGACUUCCUGUACCAGGUGCUGCAGAGUGAUGAGAUGGACGCCAAGCUGGCUAGCUGCAACUACCUAGCCCACGAACGCCUCAGCUACGCCUUUUCCGUCUGGAGGAUGGAGGGUGCCUGGGCAAUGUCUGCCAGCCACUAGUGUCCCCUCUCCAUCCUGCUCUGCCCGUCCUGCUCUGUCUUACCCAUACUUUGUCUGCCCCUUCCUUCUUGUACUGCCUAACCCCACCAUCCCUGGCCUCCCCUAACCCACUAUCACUGUACCCCCUAACCCUACCUUCCCUGGCCUCCCCUAACCCACUAUCUCUGUACCCCCUAACCCCACCAUCCCUGUCCUCCCCUAACCCACUAUCACUGUACCCCCUAACCCUACCUUCCCUGUCCUCCCCUAACCCACUAUCUCUGUACCCCCUAACCCCACCAUCCCUGUCCUCCCCUAACCCACUAUCUCUGUACCCCCUAACCCUACCAUCCCUGUCCUCCCCUAACCCACUAUCUCUGUACCCCCUAACCCCACCAUCCCUGUCCUCCCCUAACCCACUAUCACUGUACCCCCUAACCCUACCUUCCCUGUCCUCCCCUAAACCACUAUCUCUGUACCCCCUAACCCUACCUUCCCUGUCCUCCCCUAACCCACUAUCUCUGUACCCCCUAACCCCACCAUCCCUGUCCUCCCCUAACCCACUAUCUCUGUACCCCCUAACCCCACCAUCCCUGUCCUCCCCUAACCCACUAUCUCUGU